UGUAAUAUCCUAAAUUAACGUUUAGGUAACAAAAGCCGAAAGGAAGAUCGAUCUCUGUCUGACUGUGUCUGUCUCUCUCUCCUGAAUGCUGAAUCUCCCAUCAAAGAAGAAACAGGAAAAACAAGACUUCUGUCGUCUUCUUCACUUUUGUCUCCCCGUCCGUCCACAGAUCAAUUCAUUCAUUACCCACUUUGUUUCUUUGAAAAAAUCAACCACUGUCACUGCCUUUCUUGUUCAUAUUGGGGUUUUCAUCAAUUGUGUCAAUUAACCUAAGAAUUGAUGGUAUUGUUUAUGUGAAAAUGGGUUUCCGAUGGAAUGGCAAAAGAGAGUUUCUGUGUCACUGAAGUUUUUCGAUUAUUGAAGAAGACUGUAUGGGGAGUUCACAGCAGGCCGCUAGCUUUGGGGACUCUCAACAAAUCUCCUCUGAUAAUGUUAAUGGUCUGUGCCUGGCUCUUUCUUCUAGUUUGUUUAUUGGGUCCAGUUUUAUCAUCAAGAAAAAGGGUCUUCAAAAAGCUGCUGCAUCUGGCCUAAGGGCAGGCUCUGGAGGCUAUUCUUACUUGAUGGAGCCGCUUUGGUGGGCAGGAAUGAUAACAAUGAUUGUUGGAGAAGUUGCUAACUUUGCAGCUUAUGCAUUUGCACCUGCUGUCCUAGUCACACCUCUUGGUGCACUCAGUAUUAUUAUCAGUGCUGUACUUGCUCAUAUGAUUUUGGGAGAAAAAUUGCAUAUUUUUGGAAUAGUUGGUUGUGUUCUAUGCGUUGUGGGCUCAACAACCAUUGUUCUGCAUGCACCUCAAGAACGUCAAAUUGAGUCUGUAAAGGAACUCUGGGAUCUUGCCACGGAACCUGCAUUCCUCCUAUAUGCAACUUUGGUUAUAGUGGCAGUUGUCAUAAUCAUUGUCCAGUAUGCUCCAAAAUAUGGACAGACUCAUAUAAUUGCUUAUAUUGGAGUUUGUUCACUUGUUGGUUCUAUUGGGGUUAUGAGUGUCCAAGCACUAGGAAUAGCAUUAAAAUUAACAUUCUCUGGGACAAACCAGUUGUUGUAUCCUCAAACAUGGGUCUUUGCAGUUGUCGUAGUGACAUGCGUGUUUACACAAAUGAACUACUUAAACAAGGCUCUUGAUACAUUCAACACAGCAGUUGUAUCACCAAUAUACUAUGUAAUGUUUACAUCACUCACAAUAGUCGCCAGUGUCAUCAUGUUUAAGGAUUGGAAUGGGCAAACUGCAACUCAAAUUAUUACGGAACUCUGUGGGUUUGUGACCAUUUUGUCAGGCACCUUUCUUCUUCACAAAACCAAAGACUUAGUUGAGGUUUCUUCACCAUCUGCGUUUAUGCGAUAUCCUAAAUAUGAUGAAGGGGGAGGCUCCAAUGAAGAAGGCAUUCCUCUUAAGAAUCGAGAAUCCAUGCGAUAGCCAAGAUUACGUUGAUAUCACAGUGUUUUUCUUAAGAGACAUGACAACUAUUGAUCCUUCCUGUUCUACUCGUGGACGACAAUAAGAUGAAGAAAGUGUUUGGCUUGUUAGCUGAUGCAAUAGUUGCUUUACACAUGCUACAUUAAUUUGUACAUAAAACUACUCUAGGACAAAGUGUAAGUGGGAGACCAGGUACCGGUAUAGCAUUCUUGUCAUUGGCAGUGGAACUUCCUCGCGACAUCGAAGCUGACAUCUCCCCAGAACUUAAGGAAAGACUCUCAGGCAGGUGCUUGAAGAAAUUCUCUAUAUAUCUUAGUGAAGUUUGAAAUUGAUGCAUUUAAGAAUAUCUUAUUCUUUUAAAAUGGAGUGAAUCAUAUGGAGCUCUCCCAUUCUUGUACCUAUUUUCCUAAUUUUACUUGUAACAAUCUCCAAAUGAAUGAAAGAUAGGGUAGUUGAUUUUACUGUUGGUCAUCUUUAAGGAAGCUCCAAUUCCUUCAUUUUUUGUUACAGGGUAGACCUUUUUAUUUGGUUUAACUGGUCAUAGAUUAGCCAAAAAAGUAAGUUUGUUCAAGGAUAGCCUUGAUUGGUUAUAUGUCCGGACCUUUUCAGUUUUUAAAUCGAGGAUCUAUCGGAAACAACUUCUACAUCUUCACAAGGUAGGGGUGCAAGGCUGCGUACACACUACACACCAUCUUCUCCGGAUUCCACUUAUGGAUUACAUUGGAUAUAUUGUUAUUCAUGAGUUUUGAAAUACUUUGUUCUGAGUCACUAGAUGCAAGCUCAAGCUCAAAGUGAUGCAACUCUUCAAGCAAGGCAUUCACCCCCUCCUCCCCUGUCUCAAUGUAUCCAUUUAAGCAUGCAAAUUACUUAUAUAGUUCAAAUUGACUCGUAAGAAAAUUUUGUCGCAAAAAAUGAAGAUUUCAAAAUCAUGUUGAUACAAAUAAACUUUGUACGAGUUUGAUCAUGAUUUGCAUUUCUUUCAAAUUA